ACAGUCUUGGCAGAUGACGCUGAACUUUAGGGCAGUUCUAAAAGUAGCGAUUUGUCAGACAGGCACUGUUGAGAGGAAAAGUGUCAACACUGGUUGUGGCAGCUGGUGUGGUAUAGCUUCAUCUUAACUAGCUUCAUAUUUUGCACUCCCGAAAGACAAGAUCAGACCAAAAUUAAGAAUUACAGGAUGCAAAAUCGGAUAUGUUUUUAUUUUAAGCCUCCAAUGUCCAUCUCUGCCAAAUUACAAGUCAUGUGAGAAACUAUUACAUAUAUUCUAGCCUAUAGAUUAUAUCAUUUCUCAUCAGGAUAAAUUGGAGGUGGAGUGAAGGGGAUCAAUAUUAUUUGUAUUGCCAUAAAACUCUAGUAGAAAUAUUAUUUCACCUUUUGGGAUUUAAAAACACAGUGUAACCAGUUUAAAACAUAUGAAAAUGGGACAAGAUUCAUCUAACAGCAAUAUGCCCGGUUCCCUUCUGAUACAGAAUAAAGUUGGCAAACUAAUUAACUUUAAGCACAACCCCACACGCGCGCACGCACGCACACGCGUACUAUCCCAGCACGGGCUCCAUAGCUAGCUUUCUUUUGUUUAGCCAAGAUAGCUGCUAUCCAUAAGGAGAUGUGAGGGGUUGCGACUCUGCACCAGGAAGCAUCCAAAUGUCCGGUGCCCUGUGAAACUGAGUUGACACCAGCAUGCUUGUGCCGUAGUGAGGAAGCGUUGGCACAGAGGGCGAUGGUAUCGACCUGGUGUUACAUUUAGUUCCCCUGCCCUGCAUUUGUGAAGCUCUCGUCAGUGGAGAAAAAAAGAGGGCGUAAAAAGAUACCAUGUUCAGGCAACAGGAUUUGGGGAAACGGCGAGGGGCGAGUUCCCAGCCGGUUACGCGAGUGCGCGCGGUGGAGGUGGCGCGUGGCCGCACUGGCUAUGGCUUCACACUGUCGGGCCAGUCACCUUGCGUGCUUAACUGCGUCCUGAAAGGCAGCCCCGCAGACUAUAUGGGCCUGCGUGCUGGAGACCAAAUCCUCAGUGUCAACGACAUCAACGUGUCCAAGGCCUCACACGAGGACGUGGUGAAACUCAUUGGGCGCUGCUCAGGUGUCCUGUACCUGGUCGUUGCUGAGACCCACCAGCGUCACCACCACCAUCAUCAUCACAAUCACUCUCACGCACAUCACCCUCAUUAUCACCACCAGCACACCGACUCUUGCUCCAGUGAUGAGGAACUGGCUUACCACGACCCCAGGGGUGCCUGGCCUACACGGUCUAAGGUGGAUUCUAAGACACUGGGAAUUAACCGGGCGGAGCGUGUGGUGGCAGAGAUGCAGUCAGGGGGCAUCUUCAGCAUGAUCUUUGAGGGCGCCUGCUCUAGCCACUCAUCCAGCAGCUCCGAGAGAGCGACAGCCGUCUCGUCCUCAGCAGCCAAACCUAAAGGCAAGCCCCAUGCCCUGUCCGAGUCUGAGGCCUUACCCCAGCCCAGUCUACGCAGGCACUGCAGCCAGCCAGACUUGCUGUCCGAGGAGGAGCUGGCCCAGGUGCUGCAUGCCGACGACUCUGUCUUCCUGGACACGUUUGAGGUGGAGCCACCCAGCCCCGCCGGCCUGCCCGACUCCCCCGGGGAUGAUAUCCUGAACGUGGGCAUGGUGGUUGGCUACCUGGGCUCUAUCGAGCUGGCCUCGGCCGGCGGAAGCCUGGAGAGUGACAGCCUGCAGGCCAUCCGCGGCUGCAUGCGGCGCUUGCGCGCCGAGCAGAAGGUGCACUCGCUGGUGCUGCUGCAGGUGAUGCUGGACUGCGUGCGUCUGCGCAGCGAGCGCGGCCACGUGCUGGCCACCUACCCGGCUGAGAAGCUGGCCUUCAGCGCCGUCUGCCCAGACGACCGGCGCUUCUUCGGCCUGGUCACCAUGCAGGCAACGGACGAGUACCGACCCCGUGAGGAGGUGGAUGAGACGGACCUGCGCACCUCCUGCCACGUGUUCCUGGUGGACCCCGAACUGUGCCACCACAAGAUCCACCAGAGCAUCACACGCCGCUUCGGCUUCGACUGCACGCCCGACCCCGACACAGGCGGCUGCCUGGAGUUCCCACCCACCUCCCAGGCCCUGUUGCAGUUCGUAUCAGUGCUCUACCGCGACAUGGGGGAGUCCAUCGAGGGUGUGCGCGCACGGGCCUUCCUGGACAACGGCGCUGGAGGGGUUGGCGCCGUCGCGGCGGGAGACAUGGACGCGCAGCAGAACAACAGCACCAGCAGCAACAGUGAUAGCGGCAUCGGCAACUUCCUGCCCGAGGAGAAAAGCAACCGCGUGCUGCUGGUCGACCUGGGGGCCAACCCCGGCCACCACACCCCAUCUGGGCGCUGGGAGUUCCCCCAGCCGGCUCGCGGCAUGCCUGCCGCUCACGGCCCUCCCCCUCCCCCACCCCCUGCCACUCACAGGAACGGCUACCGGCACGAGCCUCUGUCCGACCUCGCUGACGCACCUCCCCUCUCCUCCAGACACCUCAGCGUCUCGUCCAGGAUGGAACUCCAGGGCCAUCCCUCCCGCUCGCUCUACUCCAAGAAGACGGCGGUUGGAGCAGGGGCGGCAACAGGAGCAGCAGUAGCAGGAGGAGGCGGUGGCGAUAGCAGUUGUGGGGCAUCAGGGAGCCAGCGCUGGCUGCCGGGGCACGUCCUGCGGGACUGGAAACAGCAGCAUGGCCACAGCAGCGAUCAGGAGUCCUAUGCAGAGUCCACCGACGGCUGGUCCAGCGCCAACUGCAGCACUCUGCCGCCUCCCAUGAGCAAGAUCCCUGCCGACCGCUACCGGGCCGCAGGGGAGAUCGUGGCGGCAGCCACCUCACAGCCCCACCGGCUGGCUACACAAAAAGACGAGUGGGCCAAAAAGCUGUUUGGGACGGAAAAGGGGCUCCGCGAGCAGCAGAGGGGAGCCAGGGGCAAAGACGGAGGAGAGAAGAAGGGUGGAAGGUUCCGGGGCUUGUCCCUAGGCUUCCCUCCUCUGCCCCAUCGUUCGUCAGGUCGUCGCUCAUUUGGCCGCUCCAAGCGCAUCAGUCUGGCCCGCUCACUGGAUGACCUGGAGUCUGCAGCGGUCUCCGAUGGCGAGCUGAACAGCGGUGAUCUGAAGGGCUGUGGCAGUGACAACAGCCUGAACAGCAACGCCAGCCUGCCCAGCGUACAGUGCCACCGGCGCCACACGGAGCGCCGCGUGGCAUCAUGGGCCGUGUGCUUCGAGCGCCUGCUUCAGGACCCCGUCGGCGUCCGCUACUUCUCGGAAUUCCUGAAGAAGGAGUUCAGUGAGGAAAACAUCCUGUUCUGGCAGGCCUGUGAGUUUUUCAGCCAUGUUCCAGAGACGGAUAAAAAGCAGCUCUCCCAGAGGGCCCGCGAGAUCUACAACAGCUUCCUGUCCAGCAAAGCCACCACGCCCGUCAACAUAGACAGCCAGGCCCAGUUGGCUGAUGACAUCCUCAACGCCCCCCGGCCCGACAUGUUCAAGGAGCAGCAGCUUCAGAUUUUCAACCUGAUGAAGUUUGACAGCUACACACGCUUCCUCAAGUCAUUUCUGUAUCAGGAGUGCAUGCUGGCCGAGGUGGAGGGCCGCCCCCUGCCUGACCCCAACCAGAUCCCCAGCAGCCCCACCUCCAAACACAGCACCAGCUCAGACCGCUCCAACUUCUUCACUCCCAAGAAGGAGGACAAGAAGAACAAAUCUGGGCGGUCCCUGAACGAUGACAGCAAGGAUGAGCAGUGUGACAAAAAGAAAGGGAUCUUCUUCUCAUGGUCCCGGAACAGGAGCUUUGGAAAAGGCCCCAAGAAGAGAGACCUGUGUGACUACAGUUUCACUGGCAGUAAUGGCCGACGGGAAUCCCAGGGCUCUUUAUCCUCGGGGACCAGUCUGGAGUUGGGCACCUCAGGCUCGGGCAAGAAUGAGGGUGACACGUCGCGGAACUCCAUGUCCUUGAUGGAGCGUGUGGUGAGGCACUGCAACAUCAACCUUCCGGACGGUUCUUGCUGCUCGGUACCCAUCAGGCCCGGCGUGUCCAUCCGCGAGGUGCUGCACGGGCUGUGCGAGAAACUGUCCAUCAACCUCGCCGCCGUAGAUCUGUUCUUGGUGGGAGGAGAGAAGCCUCUUGUGCUUGACCAGGACUGCAUGACGCUGUGUUCACGCGACCUGCGACUAGAGAAACGCACUUUGUUCAGAUUGGACCUGGUGCCAAUCAAUCGAUCUGUUGGGUUGAAGGCUAAACCCACCAAACCCGUCACUGAGGUUCUGCGACCGGUCGUGGCCAAAUAUGGGCUCCACUUAGCGGACCUUGUGGCCAGGAUAAGCGGAGAGAAGGAGCCUCUUGACUUGGGUCUGCCCAUAUCAAAUCUGGAUGGGUUAAGAGUGGUACUAGAUGUAGCUGACCAUGCCGCAGGAAAGGCAGUGACGGACAAGCAGAAGCUGACCUCCUCCAAGAGCCACGGUCCGCCCCUGAGUGCCAGGAGCCAGUCUGCAACAGGGGACGAGAAAGCAUCAGGGAAGGCCUCAUCUGUCAAAACCCAGCUGCAAGUGGAAAAAAGGAGGCAGAAAAAGAUUAAUAUAGACGAAGCUGAAGAGUUCUUCGAGCUCAUUUCCAAAGCUCAGGGCAAGCGAGCGGACGACCAGCGAGGUCUGCUAAACAAAAGCGACCUGGUGCUGCCCGACUUCCUGCGCCUGGCCGACAGCGACAACGACCCGAACGACACCGACGGCCACCGCGGCAGCGGGCAGCGGCGCCGUGGCAACCACCCACACCAGCCCCUCCUCUGCUCCACACCCGCCGACCGGGCCCGGGGCCGGGAGAAUGGCUCGGCCUUCAGUGGCAGCUACCAAUCGCAGAGCCUGGACUUGGGAGCGAAUGACAGCGGGGGCCGGGGGGGGCCAGGGCCCCGGCGCGCUCUCAUGCCCCCCUCUGGCCAGCGCCUGCGCCGCCCCCAGGGCCCCUUCCCCUCGGCCUUCUCCCCCGUAGGCCCCUCCUCAGAGGCCCGCGGCACCCCCGCAGACUGGUCCGGGGAGGGCGGUGUCUCGGGCAUGGGGCACGCCCUGGAGGACGAGGAGAGCAAUGCGGACCUGACACUGGUGGGCGAGGGAGACAUUAGCAGCCCCAACAGCAGCUUGCUGCCCCCUCACGCCUCCAUGUCCGAGGACUCCUGUCACCACAGCUACGUCCCCUCCGCGGCCACCACCUCGGCCACCGCCAGCCAUGGAUGGACCGGAUCAGGUAUCUCCCCAGUGUGACCCCUUAAUCACACGCAUACACACACCCUCCUUGCACAUGCUCACUCAUAAACAUGUGUGGGUAUGUGCAGGACUGUGUGUGUGUGUGUGAUAGAGAGUGAGUGUGGAUGCACGUGCGUUUUGGUUUGCCUCCCCUCCCUGACUACCAAGAAUAUGCCAUCAUCUUGCAAUCUGCCAUCACAUGUGCAAGACCAGUGCCAAACAACCCCCCUCCACCUCCACGUCCAAACUCAGUCCCACCCAGACCACACGCGCUCCCUGUGUAAAUAUACUCGUCAAUGCACUUUAACAAACAUUUUGAGAAAGAGACUUUUUCAGUGUCAUUUUUUACUUUGACUAGUGAUAUUACUCUUCAAGAAUCACCCCCUUUUCUCCCCUAAGUCACCCGCAGUUGCCAUAAAACACAGCACACUCCAGCCACCAAACCUCUGUGUUUCCCGGCAGCCCGCACCACACAAUAACACCUCUGUAGCUCAGUGUAGCCGUUAUCACAGUUCCAAGAUCUGCUGCAGGCGCUAGCCGUCCAUUACCGCCUCCACGCCCCCUCGUCCGGGGGCUCUUCUCGUGACUGCCACAGCACAGGACUCAAAAGAGCACGAAUCAUGUGAUCGUGUUUUCUCUCUCCUACAGACUCUGCUCUGUACAUAGAAGUCUCAUGCCUCAAACUUGCAACACAGCCUGUAAAUAACGAGGUGUCGCUUGCCUCCCUCAUGUAGAUGUCACACACGCGACAUGCACACACACACACACACACACACACACACACACACACACACACACACACGCGCGCGCGCGCGCGCAUUUAAAAAUAGAUACAAACUACCCAUAAAGUGCAGUCUACAUUUUAAAAACUCUCCUGUAGAUAGCUGCUAAGGAACACAUACACAAGCAGGAUUAUUCUUAACUGCUUGUGUUAAUCUAAUCUUGUGUCAGUGUGCCAAGGCCAUGUCUUAUUUCGAAUUAACGCUAACUGAGGUUUGAUGGAAGUUCAUGUUCAUUUUUAGAAAAGGUAAUGCAUGCUGUGUAACGAUCUUACAUAGCACAAAGGCUUAAAAUGCAGUGCUUUUUUUCUCUCACACACACACACCCACACACCCACACACACACAUUCAUUCAUCCAUGGCCGCUGAAACUUCCCACGGCUCAAAGCUAAUUAGCGGCAGUAGCCAGUACAGUUAAAUGAAGCCCAUGUCUGCCGAGCCCCCUAAUCAGUGAACAGCACAGGAGCACGACCCCUGCUGCACCGUGCGCUCUCUCUCUCUCUCUCUCUCUCUCUCUCUCUCUCUCUCUCUGAUCACUCCACACUGUGGUCCAUUCCUGCUGUUCUCCAUCAUUAUUCUCCUGAUAGAACUGCAAUUCAACAAUGCUAAAUGAAUGAGAAUGACGGCUUCCAUUGCCUUCUAAAAAACAAACCAGACUAUGGCUUUGAAUAUAGAGCCUCUAGCUGUUGUGUUUUAUAAAUAUAUAUAUACAGUAUGUCACCAUGUAAUAUAACACAGAGAAAUAAUUUAUCUCAUGUUGUUUUUAAUUUCAUUGUAUUAUCUGCAAAGUGAACGAGUACUAAUUGUGUACAUAGUUGUAUUAUUCCCUUUUCCUGUCAUUUGUGUUCUUUUUUAAGCCAAUGACUGUCAUUGUUGAAUUGCACGCCACAGCUCAUUUCAGUCCUCAGUAGGUGCUUCUUCUGUUUCUGUAGACAACAGAUCUGCUCUGAUUGACCUUGUGUUUUUGCAGCCUCUGUAAAUAGAUCUCUAAUAAAUGUUCCUGGGUGGAAUCACCCGCUCUUA